AUGGGAAGUCAUUUUACAAUGGAGAGACGAAUUUACAUGUCAUCUUUCGCUGCUACGAUCUUUAUCUCUGGGCUAGUUACAAUCGGGGUAUCAUUGAUGGCAUUGCUGAUUGCAUUAGCAGUAAUGUUGCAAUCUUGUGAAAAUAGGAAUUCAGGAGCUUUAAACAUUGAAACAUACGAUUAUUACAAAAUUUACGCUCUGCAUGCAGAGUUGAACAGUUUAGAUGUAGAUUUUUUCCCUGCAAUUUGCAAGGAUGUAGCCAUACAAUACAUUAAUGAAGGUCAAUAUAUGAGAGAUUUAAAUAUCAUACUUGGCAUUGUGGAGGAUUUCUUCGGCUGUGUAAGGCCACUGAAUGAUAGUAAAGACAUUGUGCUGAUGGAUGCAGACGACUUCUUUACUUCAGAAAAUUUGCAUUCUCGUCUUUUGAUGCGCUGGUAA